AGCAGAAAAUAUGUCUGACUCAUCUUUGUAUUGGUUAGGUUGGUUUGACCAACUAUGCAGCCGCUUACGCCACGGGCCUUCUACUCGCUCGCCGCCAUUUGAAAAAUCUGCUCUUAGAUAAGAUUUUCAAGGGCAAGGAAGAAGUCAAAGGAGAGUUUUACAAUGCUGAAAAGGAGAGCGGUCGUUCUCCUUUCAAGGCAGCACUUGACGUUGGUUUAGCACGUGUUACUACUGGCUGCAAAAUUUUUGCAGUAAUGAAGGGAGUUACUGACGGUGGAAUCAAAGUUCCGCACAGCAAAAAGCGAUUUUUCGGCUACGAUCCCAUUGCUGAGAAGUACGAUGCUGAGGCCCACCGCGAUCGCAUCUUCGGAAAGCAUGUUGCCGAAUACAUGCAAUUUUUGGAAAAGGAGGAUAAGAACGCAUACAGAAAACAGUUUUCUUGCUUUAUCGCCAACGGCAUCAACGCUAAUAAUCUGGAAGAGGUUAAGAUGUAUAAACAAGCACAUACGCUUAUCCGCGAACACCCUGAUCGACCAACAAAAUCAGUCAACCCAGUUGAAAAAAAGAGGCAGGCUUAUUUAUGUUAUUAA